UCGCUUUGAAGUAAGACUCGUUUGCUCGCGUCCUCUGGGAGAACUAUUAAAAGGAGGGAAGACUUUUCAGCUUGCUAGUCUUGCAGUGAACAGCCUCGGAGGAAGGUUGGCGCGAGUUCUGGCGGCUCGUGAGAAGCCCUUGGGGAAGGCAAGGAAGGAACGACGCAGGUAUGGACAUCGAGACCGGAGCGAAGAUGGCGUUGGUACAACUUUUCCUGGUACAUUUGGCGACUGCUGUGGCGAGUGGGCGUGUAGGAGGAGGAGGAGGAGGAGGAGCAGGAGGAGGAGAGACUAUCAGCUCACCCUUCGACCAGCCACACCUCCAUCCUCAUACCUUUUUGCUGACGCCGCAACUGAUCCGCGUUCGAGGUUAUCCUUCAGAGAUACACCAAGUGGUCACCGACGACGGCUACAUCCUCGAAGUGCACAGGAUUCCCCACGGAAGGAAUGAUGGAUCCAGGAAUCACAACAGGAUAUCCACUCCAGAAAGAGGACGCAACGGCAGGCGCGAAAAUCGACGUGUGGUGUUUAUCCAACAUUGUGUGUUGUGUUCAAGCGCCGACUUUGUACUGAAUGAUCCUGACCAGGCACUAGCCUUCAUACUGGCGGACGCGGGAUACGACGUUUGGCUGGGAAAUGCGCGGGGAAAUGUCUACGGUCGACGCCAUGUCCGUCUCUCUCCCGACCAGCCUGAAUUCUGGGACUUCAGCAUGAACGAAAUAGCAAGAUUCGACAUACCCUCCAUGCUGAGUUACGUCAGGGGUAUGACAGGGGCACCGCGUGUGUACUACAUCGGGCACUCUAUGGGCACCACCGUCUUCUUUGCCAUGAUGAACUACCAUCCACACAUCAACGACUGGAUUCGCGUCAUGGCUGCGAUGGCGCCGGUUGCCUACAAGGAUCACGCGGCAAUCUACAAGCUCUACGGUCCUAUCAUCGCAUCCACUUAUAGGACCAUGGAGCGGGCGGGUGUCGUGGAGGUGGGCAUGCUGAGUGCUAACUACUCCGCCGCCACGUCGUCGCUUUGUGCCCCUCUUGUCCCCACCCAGCUCGUGUGCGACGCCAUCCGAAUGCUUGCGCUCGGCCCCAACUCCGGCUACAUCGAUAAGGCGUACCAACCCGUAAUCUUGGCCCACAUCCCGGCUGGAAUGUCGCUGAAUGUCCUGAAACAUUUCCAACAGUUUCACACAUCGCACAAUUUCCAAGCGUAUGACUACGGCCGGCAGAGGAACAUGCAGGAGUACGGGAGCCCAGUCCCUCCCCGCUUCUCCUUCGGACAGGUUCGCGCGGCCGUCGGUCUCCUAUAUUCCGAUGGCGACUGGAUCUCGGACACGUUGGAUGUCCGACGCAUGGCCCCCGAACUCCCUAACCUUGUCCUCGACUAUCUGGUUCCUCUCGCCGACUUCAACCACAACGACUUCCUCUGGGCUGAGAACGCCAAUCGCCUCGUCUAUGAUAGGAUAUUGAAUCUUCUACAAAAAUACUAGUUGCCUUGAAGGAGACACGCGGUCGGCGGUUGGCGUCCCGCGGAGCAAAUGGUGGCAGCACCUUUUUCGUGUUAGAUUAUUUUUGUGUUUCCUGUUAUCUUUGUUAUUGUCUUUCUCUCCUUGAUCCUAAAUCCUGAUAUAUAUAGAUAGUGUGUGUUUACGUAGUGCUUUUUUCGUGUUAUUUAUAGAAUGGAGUGUUUGUUUGUCUACA